AUGUUGUUGUGGUACCAAUCUAUACUGGCCCGUCGGCCGGUGCUCACACAGAGCGUCACGACCGCAGUCCUGAACACCGUUGGAGACAUCACUGCCCAGCAGGCGGUUGAGAAGCGGGGAAAGAUCAUGACUGGAAGCGUACUGCACGAAUGGCUCUCUACGGAGGAAGGCAGGAGUCCCAAGGAGAAUGUGAAGAAGAAUUUCCUCCCCAUCAUGGCCACUAACUACAUGGUCUGGCCCUGGGUGCAACUUGCCAACUUCAAGUUUGUGCCUUUGAACCAUAGGCUCACUUUCGCCAACACUGUUGCGAUCGGGUGGAAUUGCUACAUCAGCUACAUGAAUAACAGGGAUAGAUGA